AUGGCAAUCCCCACCCCGCAAACUAUGCACGCUUGGAGAAAGCACAAGGGGCAUUCAAAACCUGUAUGGGAAGUUGUCCCUGUACCCCAAACUCCAUCUACCGGGUUUCUGGUCAAGCUGUUGGCCGCGGGUGUAUGCCGCAGUGAUCAAGUUCUGUUAGAUGUUGAAGAUCGUCCUCAUUUCGAGGAGAAAUAUAUCCUGGGGAGCCGUAUUGCAAUUCUUGCUGUCCCAGGCUGUGGCAAAGAAAAAUGCAGCGAGUGUUCCCGGGAUCUGGCACAGCUUUGCCCGACUGGCAAGCAUCACGGAAUUGGCCAAGACGGGUUCUACGCGGAAUAUGUGGCUAUCGAUGAGCGAGCUGCUAUCCCUGUGCCAGACGCUGUUCCAUCCGAAAUUGCAGCCGUAGCGACAGACGCAGUCACCACGGCAUACCACGGCAUCGUUCGCCGAGCUGAAGUUAGAAAGUCAGAGACGGUCUUCUUGUUUGGUCUCGGUGGACUAGGGUUCAAUGCGCUGCAGAUUGUCAAGGCGAUCGGAGCGAGGGUUAUUGUGUCGGAUAUUCGCGCAGAGAAACUUGAAGCGGCCGCAGAGCUUGGUAUUCGUAAUGGGGAUAUUGUCCCAGUGGGAAAGUCCAUUCAGAAUUUCGUGGCACAUAAUGACCUGCAGGGGAGAAUAGAUACCGUGUUGGAAUUUGUCGGCUCGAAUCAAACCUUUCGAGAUGCGCAGAAUAUUGUACGACCCGGUGGAAAGAUCCUGUGUGUAGGAACUGGCGACCGUCAAAAUAAACUCGACAUGAAAAUCGGAAUUAGGAAGCGGUUGAGCAUUAUUUUCUCCUACGGUGGACAGUAUCGCGAUCUAGUUGAGGUUUUAGACCUGAUCGUCAAGAGAGUUAUUCAACCUCAGGUUGAGACGAGAGGACUAGAGGAUUUACCGUCUGUGUUGGAAGACCUGGGAAAGGGCAAGAUCAGGGACCGAGUGACUUUGGUGAAUGUGUAA